AUGUUCGCUGGCCUGGAGUUUGGAGCCGAGUGCUACUGCAGCCACAAGAUCCAGGCACCUAACGCGUCAGAAAGUGAAUGCAACAUGGAGUGUAAAGGAGAGAAGAGCAACAUAUGUGGAGGAGAAAACAGACUGUCUAUCUACAGACUGGAGCUGAGCCAGGAGUCGGCACGACGCUAUGGCAGUGCAAUUUUCAAGGGUUGUUUUCAUCGUCCGGACAAUGUCACACUGGCACUCCCCUUCAGCGCAGUCAUCCUGAACAUGUCUGUGGACAAGUGCGUGGACAUAUGCACAGAGAGGGAGAAAUCGCUGGCUGUUCUGGCUGGAGAUUGGUGUCACUGCGGUUUUCCCACACCUUUCUUCUCCCUCCAUGAGUUGGAGGACGAGGACAUGUGUCUGCACCGCUGUCAGGGGGAGGAGUUUGAGAGCUGUGGUAACGAUGAGUACUUUGUAGUCUAUCAGACACAAGUCCAAGAUAACCGCUGCAUGGACCGCCACUUCCUCCAGACUCAGGCUAAGCAGCUGGUGGCUCUCGCCAGUUUCCCAGGAGCUGGUAACACCUGGGCUCGCCAUCUCAUUGAGCUCGCCACCGGCUUCUACACCGGCAGCUAUUACUUUGAUGGCUAUCUUUACAAUAAAGGAUUUAAAGGGGAGCGUGAUCACUGGAGGAGCGGGAGGACCAUCUGCAUCAAGACACAUGAGGGCACCAGGAAGGAGAUCAAAUCCUUUGACUCCAGUAUCCUCAUGAUCCGGAACCCGUACAAAGCCCUGAUGGCAGAGUUUAACAGAAAAUAUGGAGGUCACAUUGGGUUUGCCUCACAGGCUCACUGGAAAGGAAAAGAAUGGCCUGAGUUUGUGAAGAACUACGCCCCAUGGUGGGCCUCCCACACACUGGACUGGUUGAACUAUGGUAAGAGUGUCCACGUGGUCCAUUUUGAGAACCUAAAGAGAGACCUGUUCUCCCAGCUGAAGGGCAUGGUCCAAUUUCUGGGUCUGAAGGUCUCAGAGGAACGUCUGCUCUGUGUGGAGGGCCAGAAAGAUGGAAACUUUAAAAGAUCGGUGCUAAGGAAACUUGAGUACGACCCCUACACGGACGAAAUGAGAGCAGACAUCAAUGAGCUGAUCAGAACAGUAGAUGCUGUCUUGAAGAAGAGAAACAUGUCUGGAGUUCCUGAGGACUACAUGCCGAGAUGAUAUCUGUGAUUCCCUCAUUUCCUCAUUGUUUCUCACUUACCUGCACUCUUCUGUUUUGUAGACUCACAUGAUUUCAAUGGUUGUUUUAAGUAUUUCCCUCUAAGGUCAUUGUAGUUGAAGUUAAAGUGUCUUUGCUCUCCUACUGUCAUUUUUUUAUUCCUCCUUUUUUAUGAUUUUUGGCAGCGUCUUUAUUUAUUUUGUUUAUUUAUGUUUGUUUUUAUUUACAUUAUCUUUUCUAUGUAUAAAAAAAACAAAAGUACUUCUUAUCCUGCUCUAUGCAUGUGCACACACCUUAACAUGAAGAAGAAGUGACUGUGCUAGAUGUUGUUGCUUGAUACCACUUAUAGGAAUUACAUGACCCAAAAUUUUAUACCCAGUCAGCAUGUCCAUGUGGGCCCAUGGGUGAGUUAAUAAAAGGUUAACAGUUAGUGAAAAGACACCCCACGUGGG